AUGAUCACCGAAAUUUCACUUUUAUUCACGAUUUUUCGGGUCGGUGUCACUGCGGAUUUGCUUGACGAAUUUCGGUUGACAGAUUCUUACAAGACCUACUUCGAUGUGACAUCUCGUCUAUUUAAUGACAAAUUCGUUAAUGGUGGAUAUCGAAAAGAGAUUUCGCCUAUUUUUACUAUCAAAGCGCUCAAUGUGACCGAUCCAGUCCCACGAUUCCCUGUCCAAAUCACUUUUAUCUACUUCCGACUUGUUCAACUUGAUGCUCAGGCUCAGCUCAUGACUGCACUUGUGGAAUUCAGCUAUAAAUGGCCAGAUCUCCGACUUCAAUGGAAUCCGGCAGAAUAUUCGGGAUUGGACACGAUAUGGCUGAAAUAUGACACUGUUUGGUUUCCCGAGAAUGUCAUCUCUGAUACUCAAGAAUUCAUCAUAAUCAAUCCGGAAGUGCAGCGAACUGUCCGACUAUCGUCAAAUGGAACCGUCGCCUACUAUUUCUCUGGGAACACACGAGCCUCAUGUCAAAUGAAUGUUCGAGUUUUUCCCUUUGACACACAAAAAUGUGAGAUCGGUUUCUCGGUGGAGACGUAUGGAAGUGAUUUCGUGACCGCCACUGGUGAAACGGCUUCCCAUUUGGAUGACUCGAUUUAUGAUGGAAAUGGUGAAUGGGAAGUCCUGGAUAUUAAGCCAUCAAAGAAGAUUUACUCGAGCUACAAUGCGAAAGAACAAGAAUAUGAAUAUAUCAAAUUCACAUUGCAUUUGAAGCGUCGCCCGCAUUUCUACAUCUACGUGAUCGUUCUCCCUUGUUUCAUGCUCACUCUUCUUUCAAUCGUCGGAAUGUUUUGGAAUGCGCAUAUUAAAGAGGAAAAGCUUACAAAGCUGAGUAUCGGGUUGACAUCAAUGAUGUCGAUGACUCUCUUGCUCGAUAUGAUGGCUCAAGAAAUACCCAAGAAUGCAACUUUUCCGUUGUUAGGGUUUUAUGUGAUUAUUUCAAUUGGAAUUAUUGCCCUUGGUUGUGCGGUUGUUGUGAUUGUUUCGAGUCCGCAACCGAGAUCGAGAGAAAAAUUUUGGAGCGAAAAAGUGCGUCGCUAUCUCUGUUCUCGUACUUUCGUUCUCCAAUUCUUCUUCCAACUAAUGAACAUCAUCAAUUUCAUCGUCUUGUUCUCAUUUUGGCGG